AUCAACAGAUGUAUAUGGAGAAAGUCUGGUGCAUAAUUGGCAAAUACAACAAAACCUUUACUGCAUAAACAAAAUCAGUCUCUAUAAUAUUUAAAAUCUGCUUAUCCGUUUACUCUUCUCAGUUCCCUGAAGAAAAAGCAGGUGAUGAGAAUGGCAGGAGCCAAUGGGAGUAUUAUCGAUUGGGAGUCAGAGUCAUACCCAGUGGCCAUUGACUUCAUUAUCAUUCCCUUCUUUGCUCUAUUCUUCCCAUUUCUUAGGCUUUUGCUUGACACUUACGUUUUUCAGAAAUUAGCCAAAAGAAUGAUGUUUGGGAAGGAUGCAUCAUUAGAUAUUGGGACGCAUGCGAAUAGAAAGAAAGUCAAUAAAUUUAAGGAGUCAGCUUGGAAGUUUGUUUACUUCUCGUCUGCUGAGAUUUUGGCUCUCGCUGUAUCGUACAAUGAGCCCUGGUUCACUAACACCAAGUAUUUCUGGGUGGGACCUGGAGAUCAAGUUUGGCCUGAUCAGAAACUUAAGUUGAAACUGAAGGGCCAUUACAUGUACUCUGCUGGAUUCUACCUAUACUCGAUAUUUGCUUUGCUUUUCUGGGAGACGAGGCGCUCUGAUUUUGGAGUUUCCAUGGCUCAUCAUGUGGCAACUGUCAUCCUCCUUGUCAUGUCUUAUCUAUUUAGAUUUGCUCGUGUUGGAUCAAUUAUUUUAGCCCUGCAUGAUGCAUGUGAUGGAUUCCUAGAAAUUGCAAAGAUAUCAAGAUAUAGUGGCUGCGAAUGGAUGUCUAGUAUUUUUUUUCUUCUGUUUGUUAUCUCUUGGACAAUACUACGAAUUAUUUACUAUCCGUUCUGGAUACUUUGGAGCACAAGCUAUGAAGUUCUUUUGACCUUGAACAUGGAGAAGCACAAGGUGGUUGGACCUCUGUAUUAUUAUCUAUUUAACACUCUUCUGUUCUGCAUAGCUGUUUUUAACGUGUAUUGGUGGAGUUUGAUGGUGGGCAUGGUUGUGGACCAAAUCAAGGCCAGGGGCAAAGUCAGUGAUGAUGUUCGAUCAGAUUCUGAAGGCGAAGAUGGGCAUGAUGAUUGAGAAUCAGAUGGAGAACAGUUUCGUUUCUUUGGUACAAGUACGUGGAAGAACCUUUAUAUUUAUAUAUGGCCAUCGUCUACAUUUUAUCAUAUUCAUGUAUUAGUAAGUCCAAGUUGCAUAUAUAUAUUGCUUACAAAUUGAAUUGAUUAAAGGGUUGGUACGAUAUAGUGGGAUAGAGUAGGAGAAUUAGUUGAAAUAUGGUAGCAACUUAUAUGAUUUAAGUUUGGGUAAUGUACAUAUUGUCUUAAGGUCAUAACAAUUUGUCAUAGAAAAACUUGUACCCCAUGUAUUUUUAUAUCUAUAGGUUCAAAAAUUGGUAUUCUUUA